AUGCAGAAGAGUAUUGAAAAUAAAGCCAGAAAUUCAUCGAGAAGCAGGAAACCGAAUGCGCCCACUCGGAGGGGAUUCCAAGAGGAGCUGGAUUUCUCGUGGAACUUUACGCCCGUGGAUGCAACACCAGCUGGUUGGAAUAUCCGGAAUACACCAUCUGAAUGCUCAAGAGUCAAUAAUUUGGAAGAAUACCUGCCCUCUCGAUCAUCAUAUAGCCGACGUGAAAAGAGUCAUCGCUUGAUGGCUUCAGGAAGACACAAAUCCUCGCAAUACUCCGGAGCAGUUUCGGCGUCAUUAACUCCAACAAUGGUGUGCGGGGCGGGUCUCUGUCGCACCGAGCAGGUUGAAGUGUUUCUGGAGGCGUCUCCGGCCUGGGCCCAACAGCAAACAGCCAACACUGAAUCGCGACGUUAUGGUGCAAAUCCCUUCGGCUUCUCCCUUCAACCAGCUAGUCCCAAAACCCGACACGAUGAACCCCUCACCAAUUUCCCUCUCAUCGCUAGCGUCAUUCCUGGUGGACCUGCCUUCCAGUAA